GGCCUCGUACUACCGAAGAUUUAUCAAGGGCUUCGCAGCAAUUGCGGGACCCCUCACGAAUCUGCUGCGCAAAGAUUAGCCGUUGAUCUGGACGCCGGAAUGCAAUCAAGCGUUUUCCAAACUCAAGGCCGCUCUCAUUUCGGCUCUGGUCCUUAUAAGACCGGACCCCGAAAAACCUUUUGUUCUCAUCACAAACUGACAGCCAGAGGCAAUUUCGGCGAUCCUUGCCAAGGUGGGACCAAGCGGACUGAGAGUGUGGUGGAGUAUGCCUCCAAAUCGGUGCCUGCUUGCAAGCGCAACUACGCCGCUCCAACGGGGGAAUGCUACGCGGCUCUCUGGGGAAUCAGCCACUUUCGCGCUUACCUGUACGGGCGGAAGUUCACCUUGGUAACUGAUCAUGAGCCCCUGUUGGCUCUGAAGAAAUCGAAGGAUUACUCUGGCAUGAUCGGGCGAUGGGCAACAGUGCUGCAGAGCAUGGACUUUGACAUUCGUCAUCGGAAGCACGAGAGACACGGGAAUGCGGACGCACUGACACGACUGCACCGACCCGAGAAAGUUCCGAAGAGUGAGGAGGUGAUUCUGUGGAACGAACCUGAACAUGAGAUCGGACCUCGGUACGACCAAGUGGAGAUCUUAUCGAAGCAGGACGAGGAUACGCUACCAUCGCGGCAGGAGUAUCUCAAGCCGUACGAUAUCAUCCCUCACGCCUUUUAUCCAAGGGUGGAGGAAGUGGUGAUCGACGACGACGAAGAAGACGAGGACGAGGAAACAUCGGAGGAGGGAAGCUAUAGUGAACAUAGCGAGGGCRASYUGAGCGAAGGAGAAGAGGAGGAAGAAGAAACCGGAUCUGAGUGGGAAGCCUUGCCGGAGGAAGCGACGCGUACGGGAACGGAGGCGGAAGAUCCGGAAGCGGCGCGAAAGCGCGAAGAAAUUGCCACCGGGAAGCGCUUGCUGGAGUUCGCCAGCGAAGCUAACCUGCGCAUCGGUAAGGAUCCGACCAGGGAUCCAGAGCCGCCGAAGCACGAAGAUGGCGACCCUGCAGCCGCCACCUCAAGUACCGCGCGAUGGAGACGGAGCCGAUCCCCCUCCUCCUCCAGCCCCACCCGUCCCCUAGUUCGCCCACGUACCGAUGCGGGCGAUAGGCCUUCGUCCUCGGACGCUGUCCCGCCGACCCCUUGAUUUCCUCACCCUCGAGCAGAUCCGUACCCCCGUCACCUUCCCUUCCCAUCCCUUCCUUCCCCAUCUCUUCCUUGACUUCUAUUCUACCCGCCUACUCGCCACCGUCCACCCCCACGCCUCCCCUCAAUCCGUUGCCCCCAUGUUCUGCUGGCAUCUCCUGCUGUUCAGCGCUGCAUGGGAGCGAUGCAACGUGGUAGAGGUUUACUACGUUGCCACGGGGACAAUCCCCGCCUGCCGCCACCACGAGUUCUUUCGAGCGGCGCUUUUCUGCACCCUCUCCUCCUUCUAUCGCGACUACCUUACUUCCCUCCCUCGCAGCGGCGAUCACUUCCCCCACUUCCACCGGAUCAUCCGAUAUGAGGAGCUUCUGGUGACGAUGGAAGGAAUGAAUUGCUUCCUACCCC